GAUAUUCUUUUGGUCAAGUCAAUGGCAUAUAGAGAGAAGUAGGAAAGUGAGGUGUAGUUUCGUGGGUGACUCUCGUUUUCUAUAACCCUAUCAACUAUGGCCUGCCAUUAAUGCCAAUGCAUUUCUUGUUCUCUACGGUCAACACAACACAACACGUCCUUCCUUCAUUCCUUCUUAUUAGAGAUUGGGAAUUGCUUUAUAUUAUAUGGUGAUGGGUGAUGCAUAUGAUAUAUAAAACAGAGUGUAGUAAGUGAAAGAAAAGAGCUUGGCUUGGCCUUGCACAUAAGAAUGGAUCAUCACAUCCGUAACACACCCUUACUCCUCACAACCAUAGCCACCAUCUUUUUCUUCAUCUUAACAAAUUUGGCACAAUACCACUGUGAUGAAGAAGACACCAAAUACAGUAAUUGUAGCAGGCCUUACAUGUGCGGAGGUGUGACCGCCUCAUACCCUUUCUGGGAUGGUCACAUGAGACCCCAAUAUUGUGGGCGAGGUGGCCCAUUCAAGCUCUCAUGUGACGAGAAUAAGGAUAGUUCGAUUCAGAUGGGCAACCAAAGUUUCUUUGUGCACAACAUUAAUAUACUCAACUACACCAUCAAAACGGGGAGGGAAGACAUUCCUUAUGGUGAAAUCGAAGAGCGUGUUUGUUCUAAGGAUUUUGCCAACCUUAGUUUGGACCCAACUCUCUUCAAGUAUACCGAAAAUGUACACAACAUCACCAUAUUCUUGAAUUGUUCCUCUGGAGUUUCCAAUAAUGGUGUUGGACACUCUUUUCUGUGUCCAUAUCAUAGUUAUCAGAAUCAAGAUGCUUUCUUUGUGGAUGAGGAUGAUUCAGACAAAGAUAUAGAGCAACUAUUUAAUGCCUGCAACCGUAGAAUCCAAGUGCAGGCUUUACGCAACAUUCCUCAUUAUGGUGGUCCUGAAAGUGGAAUUAAUGCUCUUAGAGAUGCUUUCAUUGGUGGGUUUGAGGUGAAAUAUAAUGCUAGCUCUCAAGAAUGCAUAGAGUGCACGGAGAGUAAAGGAGCUUGCGGAGGGAAAGGAAGCAAUGAAUUUACCUGCUAUUGCCGGGAUGGAUUUGAUGCUUUGAAUUGCAAUGGUCACAGUGAUGAAUAUAAAAGCAGAUUGAAUCGGAAAAAGGGAAUCAUUAUAGGUGUUUCUUCUCUGUUUGGAGUAUCACUUGUAGCAAUCAUUGGCUAUUUCUUAUGGCAGCGCCGAAAGAAGAAUAGUUAUGCAAUGCCAUAUAUACAAUCUCGGAGCCUGUCUUCUGAUCCAUCACUGAAAGACACUGAGAAGGGAAGUCUAAACUUUGCGCCUGGAGUGCACCUCUUCUCCUAUGAUGAACUUGAAGAGGCCACAAAUUACUUUGACUCGUCUAGAGAACUAGGAGAAGGGGGAUUUGGGACAGUGUACUUUGGAAAACUACGUGAUGGCCGUUGUGUUGCAGUGAAGAGGUUGUAUGAGAACAAUUGCAGGAGAGUUGAGCAAUUCAUGAAUGAAAUUAAGAUCCUAGCUCGGUUAGUCCAUCCAAAUCUUGUGUCACUAUAUGGAUGCACCUCUCGCCACAGCCGUGAACUUCUGCUUGUAUAUGAGUACAUUUCUAAUGGAACUGUUGCUGAUCAUCUUCAUGGUGGAAGAGCCAAACCAGGAAACUUCCCUUGGCAUAUUAGAAUGAACAUUGCUGUGGAGACUGCAAGUGCAUUGAAAUAUCUUCAUGUUUCCGAUAUUAUCCACAGAGAUGUGAAAACCAACAAUAUACUUCUUGAUGAUCAAUUUCGUGUCAAAGUAGCAGAUUUUGGACUCUCACGCCUUUUUCCAAACCUUGUCACUCACAUUUCAACAGCUCCACAAGGAACUCCAGGUUAUGUGGAUCCAGAAUACCAUGAAUGCUACCAGCUUACCAUCAAAAGUGAUGUUUAUAGCUUUGGAGUGGUGCUAAUUGAGCUGAUAUCAUCGUUGCCUGCGGUUGAUAUCACGAGACAUAGGCAUGAAAUUAAUUUGGCCAACAUGGCCAUUAACAAGAUUCAUACUCAGGCACUGCAUGAGCUUGUAGACCCUACACUUGGCUUUGAAUCAGAUUAUAAGGUAAAGAAAAUGAUAAAUGCUGUGGCUGAGUUAGCAUUUCAGUGCUUGCAGAGUUCCAAAGAUAUGAGACCUUCUAUGGAUGAAGUGUAUGAUACUCUCAAGGAUAUACAAAGUGGAAGCAAUCAUAAAAGCCAACCUGAGGUAAUGGAUAUCUCAAGUUCAGCUGAUGAUGUUGUGUUGCUGAAGGAUGAUCCACCCCCACCGUCACCUGAUUCUAAUGCUGUGAGCAAAUCUACAACACCAAAUGCUAGUGGAUAAGUGAAUCUUCUUUCACAUUUCAAGAAGUUAACUUUAUCGAAGUUUAUAUACGCAGAGUUAGCAUCACACUGGAAGCAUCCACCAAUUAUAACCACCUGAGUUAUGUCAUCUGCUUAUGCAGAUAACUUUUCGGAUUGAGAUGUAUAAUAUAUAGAUGACAAAGCUCAGCUGCUAUGGUUAUGGAUUUUCAUCUUUUUAAUAAAUAUUAUUAAUUUUUUUUUCUCUACCAAUUACGAAAAAUUGAAUUGUAAGAUCCACCCAAAACUCUAAUCUCAAGAAGCAGAGCUUCCCAAGUAGCUAUUUUUUAAUCUUUUCUGUUUAAUAUUGAUCGCUCAGUGGAAAUGCAUUUUUAGAUACAUAAAACUUACAUGCUAGUGUAAAUUUGAAGAAAUAGAUUACAAG